AUGCGUUUAUACGUUGUGCUGGCAACAGUAUUUGUUGCGGCCCUAGCUCUGCCAAGUCCCGCGGAGUUGCCAGAGCCCGGUCAACUCGCUCUUGUGCUCAACGAGGACGACUUCGAAGACUAUUUGGACGCUUGGCUAGACCAAGAGCAGAACAAAUACCGCAAUGAGACGCAGUUCGAUGCCCGCAGCGGUUGCACAUUCCGAGUGAACGGAGACCUAGGUCAGCCUCAGCCAGUUUACAUCCACAGAAACAAUUAUAUGACACCAAGUGGAAAUUCCGGUCAGAUUCGUCUCAACUCUGGGGAACAAGUCAUCAUAGCUUGCACUGGAUCUGGGCGUACCAUCCGCCACCCAAACAUCGCUAGAAGUGUAAACAUUGGGACCGCCCAAUGUGUCAACAAUAAUCUCGUUCGUGGAGCCGGUUGGUUGAAUGGAAACGGUGCUUUCGGCCAAUUGACUUGUUCCGCUCAUUCAUUCCAUGAAGCUCAAGGAACAAAUCAAAGAUGCUUCAACAACAACUUGGUCAUUAGAGUCGGGUUCAUUGUGAACAACGUGUUCUAUCCGUUAUACUGGUCUUGCUUCGACCAGAGACGCUUGGAAGUCUUAUACGUAUGGUACUCACAGAACCCCACCAAUGCAGUGCAUCAAACUGGUGUCGACAGACCGAGCUGGCUGCCUGGCAGUUUCUUCCCUGGAGUCGAUGUAAACAACCGCUACACACAGGUGCAGCAAAAGAUCUCGAUUGCCCGUUACGUAGGUAACGCAUUGGCUGACAGAUACGUGACCAGCCACCAGUUUUUGGCACGUGGUCAUCUCGCCGCCAAGAGUGAUUUUGUAUUCGCAACCGGUCAGCGUGCAACCUUCUACUUCAUCAACUGCGCACCGCAGUGGCAGCCAUUCAACGCCGGUAACUGGAACUGGCUUGAACAGAAUCUUCGCGCCCGUAUCGGACAAGCUGGGUACAACACAGUGAUCUACACAGGCACCUUUGGAGUUACGCAGCUGCGUAAUGCGAACAAUCGCUUCGUCAACAUUUUCCUCCACGUCGCUAAUAACGGCGUUGAACAAAUCCCCGUUCCUGAAUACUUCUACAAGGUGGUGCAUGAUGCAUCGAGGAGAAUCGGCACGGCUUUCGUGAGCAUCAACAACCCGCAUUACACCUUGGCGGAGGCCAGGGCACGUCAGUUCUGCACUGACAGGUGUCGCAACAACGCCGCCUUCAACUGGAUCAGGUGGCAGCCGGACCGCGUCGACAUCGGCUACAGUUUCUGCUGCACCAUCGCCGACUUCAGGAGGGUUGUGCCACACCUCCCCGCUUUCACCGUUAACGGCCUUUUGUCG